ACAACCGAUAGUGAACGCCUUGAAAUUGCCACUAAGAAAUUCCCAUUGAAAUACGCCCGGCCAGUAGUGGAUUGGCUACAAGAGAAAGGUAACCUUAACACAACAUCUAACUUUUAAAUUCUCUUCUAUUGAACUCAACAUUUAACUUUUUAUUUUUGCAUUUGCCUGCUGAACUGUUGCUGAUGCUUUGAAUUUAUUUUACCACUUUAAAAUAUGAUUUUAACAUGACCUAAUAACUUCCUAACCUAAUUUUCUUUCUCAAUUCGAAUACAUUUGAUUUGAUUUUGUUACCCAAGUUAAUUACCCAAAUAAAUCUCAUGGUAAUUCAUAAUUCAUAAUCACUCUACUCAGUUAAAGGGACUGCUAUUGUAGAUAAUAUUUCAUCCUAUCUCAUAUUACACAUGGAAAUAUUAUUUCAUAUACUCUACAUCUUGAAUCCUUCGAAAAAUAGCUUUACGAUAAAACAGAAAUAACAUAAAGUUCAAGUAUUUCCUAAAGUCCCUUUAACAUCCAUUUAAACUUGAAUGCCAUUUUCAACAUGUUGUUGUACAUCUACAAUAUUGAGUCAGUUAAUAAUCUUUUGAUGUACAAUCAUUUAUUCAUUUAUUAUUUCAGUAACCAGAAUGCAAUGUUAAUGAUAUUGGAGAAUGAUUGCAUCAAACUGGGUAAACGAUUUGCUAACAGGUUAACAAUUUACUCCAUUCUUGCUAAAUUGAAUAUUUGUAGGUUUCAUUUUUUGUUGUUUUAGGUUUCAAAUAUACACUUAUUCAAGAUGUUGUGUAUCGGGUGAUGUUACUUAGAUUUCUUAGAUUUUACAUGUAUAUAUCCUUUCAGUAAUAAUUGUACCCAUUUGAAACUCGAAAGCCCCUUGUACUGCUUUUCUCUUUCAGAUUCCUGCCCUUCUGAUUCAUACCUUUGGUAUUAGUCCUAGUCUUUUAAACAUUAGUUCCUUCCUCUGCUUUCAGGCUUCAGCAUUUGCCUUAGCCUUUUAAAUAUUGGUUCCUACCCCAGUCUUCAUCUUCUUAGCUAUGGCAUUAGCUCUAGACUUUUUAGAUGCAGCUGAUCAGAGGCUGCCCCAAAGGGCCAGUUUGAGGAGACAGACAUAAAGCUUUGACCUUUUCUCCUCCUUUCCAUCCUCCUCUCUCCUCUCCUCCCUCAGCCUCAGAUCACAACCCGUAAUCUCGUAAUUACAGCUAACAACACGAUGACCUUUCUACAGUGAAUCAAUCCUGGGAGACAUCACCCUUGUAGCCAGAAGUGUUGACCCUGCAUAUUUGGGGUUAGCUCCCUGGGCCCAGGCUAGUUAUAGCCUCUUCAGUUGACCUUUCUUUGUAGUUUCACCUUAAAGGUUUUUACAACCGACCUCAUCGUGACCUCUACAAUAUACUGUAAGGACCAUUUCAUUGUCAAGGACUCAUAAGUACACAUAGUGAUGCACGCACGCACGCACGCACGCACACACACACACACACACACACACACACAAUGAGGUCAUGGCAGACCAACAUUUAUCAUAUGAAGCUCGAGCUUUGAGUCAACCAACAUCUCCUCCCAUUUCAAGAUCAGUUUGGACACGGAAAAAAAACAAAAUAGAAACCUUAUUUUGCUACUCAGUACCUUGAUAUUCCUUGAUGUGAAUGACCUCUGUCUGGUUCCAUUCUCUAGGCCGGCAGCUAACGAUAUUCAACACCCAGGCCACAGUCACCAUCGGUGGCAGCGACCGCAGUCGGCCCUUCCAGGGUCAGCUAUCCGGCCUCUACUACAACGGCCUCAAGGUCCUCAACAUGGCUGCCGAGGGCAACCUCAACAUUAAGAUCAACGGCAGUGUCCGAUUGGUGGGCGACGUGCCCUCUGUGGCCGGGUCGGCUCGCACCACCGCCCAGCCCCCCGAGAUGUCCACCACCUUUAUCGAGACCACCACCACCAUGUCCACCACCACCACCCGCAAGCACCGCUCCUCUCCCACCAUACAGGUAGGUCCUGGGGACGGGGAG